CGGGCCAGCGAGGAGGCCGUGGCGCAGCUGGAGGAGGAGAAGAGCCACCUGGAGUUCCUGGGGCAGCUGCGCCAGUACGACCCCCCUGAGGAGAGCCAGCAGCCUGAGUCCCCCCGCCGCCGAGACAGCCUGGCCUCCCUGUUCCCCACUGAGGAGGAGGAAAGGAGAGGUCCUGAGGCGGCGGGGGCCGCGGCGGCGCAGCAGGGGGGCUACGAGAUCCCGGCCCGCCUUCGGACCCUGCACAACCUCGUGAUCCAGUACGCGGGCCAGGGCCGCUAUGAGGUGGCCGUGCCGCUGUGCCGCCAGGCCUUGGAGGACCUGGAGCGGAGCUCCGGCCACUGCCACCCCGACGUGGCCACCAUGCUCAACAUCCUGGCGCUGGUGUACCGGGACCAGAACAAGUACAAGGAAGCCACAGACCUGCUCCACGACGCCCUGCAGAUCCGGGAGCAGACACUGGGCCCCGAGCACCCCGCGGUGGCUGCCACCCUCAACAACCUGGCCGUCCUCUAUGGAAAGCGUGGGCGGUACCGGAGGCGGAGCCCCCUGUGCCAGCGCGCCCUGGAGAUCCGUGAGAAGGUCCUGGGCGCCGACCACCCGGACGUGGCCAAGCAGCUCAACAACCUGGCGCUGCUGUGCCAGAACCAGGGCAAGUUCGAGGAGGUGGAGCGGCACUACGCCCGGGCCCUGAGCAUCUACGAGGCCCUGGGCGGGCCCCACGACCCCAACGUGGCCAAGACCAAGAACAACCUGGCCACAGCCUACCUGAAGCAGAACAAGUACCAGCAAGCGGAAGAGCUAUACAAAGAAAUCCUCAGCACGGAGGACCUGCCCGCUCCUCUCGGAGCCCCCAGCACAGGCAGAGCUGGUGACGCAGAACAGCAGACCCUUCGCCGGAGCAGCUCGUUCUCCAAGCUCCGUGAGUCUAUCCGGCGUGGAAGCGAGAAGCUGGUCUCCCGUCUCAGAGGCGAGGGGGCGGCGGGAGCAGCCGGGAUGAAGAGAGCCGUGUCCCUCAGCACGCUGCACGCGGGUGGUGCCAGGGCUACUGGGGCCCAGUUCCCCAACCGGCACCUGAGUGAGGCCUCUCGGACCCUCAGCGCCAGCACCCAGGACCUGGGCCCCCGCUAAAGUCCACAGGACCACGUGCCUGCAGCUUCCUCGAGAGGGGAGUCCUUUCAUCGCCUUGCCUGGGACACCCCGUGUACUGGGCUGCCCUCUCCUCUAUUAAAGUUUGUCGAUCUGGCCGCCCAGAA